AUGCAGGAAGAGGAGGAAUCAGAAGCAACCUCAGUAUCUUCUGGUGACAGUAGUCCCGCAACCCCAUCUGCCAAUGGCUAUCCAGGUCCCCAGAGCAAAGAACCCAAAAAAUCAACGGCUGGGGAACAGGUGGAUGAUGGCGGAGAAGGAGGGCAGGACCGCCUCAGCUCCUCCCAGGCUCCUAGCCCCGAGUGGCACGAAUGCCCUGAGUGCGGGCGUGGCUUUGGCACAUCUCGGGCCCUGAAGGUGCACCGUAGCUACCACGUGGGGCGCAAAAGGCCACACAGUGGUUCCUCUUCAGCCAAGCCACCCCCACCCCCACUGAUCUUGCCGGGGAAUCCCGACAGCCAGGAAGGGCGAAUGGGAAUGGCCCCGACUUCCGGCCGGGGCCGAGCUUUUCACUACAUCUGUGCCGAGUGUGGCGUGGGCUUUACCUCUCCUGCCACGCUGGAGGGCCAUCGCUGUGAACACAGCUGGCGCAGGAGCCCUCCCGCCCCGCCUCGUAAUAAGCUUGCCCCUUCUCCUGCUCCCAGAGAGGCCAAUGGGGAUCAGGACACUGAUGGGGCUGACGGACCGUACCACUGCACCGAGUGCCCAGGCGAAUUUGGCUUGGUAUCCGAACUUCACGAGCACUACAUGCUCCAUGCUCGCGGAGAGCUGUAGGUCCGUUUUCGACCCUUUCCCC